CGAUUGACCCACCUGAGCUUCUACAGUAGAGGGGCAAAAAGAAAGACAGCUGCGGCUAUGACCUACUUGCGCUGUCGACAUUCCUGUCCCUGCCUAUUGAACCCUGCUCAGUACCACCCAUGGGUUCCAACACGCUGACGCUGAUCCUGCUUCUCAUCCUUACCCUUCUCGAAGCGCAAUCCCAUCACGCCCACGCAGCGCACGUCGCCUGCUCCUGGAAACUUGGGCCUGGCAGUCCUCAAGACUACGGAUACGAGCACUUUUGCCAGGCAGAGCUGGGCAGUGGAACAGAGUGGAGACAGUACAAGUGCUCCCAAAAUUACGCUGGGACACCUGGUGUCAUGGUGGCCAGCUGGGGGUGGAAUCUUGGGCGUACGCUCGAUUUUGCCAGUCCCUGCGGCGGUUUCCCCUAUGCCCGUGACCUCGACGACGAAUGCUAUUCGGCCCAUUGGGGGGUCUGUCUAGGUCGGUCCGAAGAUGGAAACUGCUUCUACAUGUCUGCCGAUGACGAUUGUACGCACUUAGCAAGCAUACAGUACAAGCAGCACAUUUGCAACGACGAUCAGCUGACAGCAACAUCCUCCGCUGUUUCGCCUCAGGCGAGUGGCCCCGUCUCUUUGACUUCGACGAGCUGCCCACGUUCGUCAAUGUCUGGUACGACUCGGGCGGGGGCGGGAGAAAGAAGAAGCGCCGGGUUGCGGCUGCCACGGAGAGACAGUCGAGCCCUCACCGGACCCUCGCACCCACUGUUGACACUCGGAUCUAGCAGCAGAGGACAAAUUUUCCGCUUGAGGCCGUAGUGCGAGGAGGCUCGAGGAAAGCAAAGGGCAAGCAUGGAGCCAAAUAACGGUU